UUUUACAAAAUCUUUCAGCCAUAGAAAAUGAAUAAAAGCAGGGCUCCCUAGCCAGCCCAGCCAGACAUCCCAGCUGCCAGAAUAGGUGCUUGGGAGCUGCUCAGGGGUGCAAAGCACAGCCUUGCUCUGUUGAAGCCAGGUACUGUCCUGGGCAAUUGGCUCCAGGCUCAGCUCAGGAGGCGACCGCCUGGAGCUACAGGCACCCGAGGCAAGGAAUGCCUGAAGGAAAGGGGCCAGGUCCUGCUCACCCCUCGUGAGCUACUUGCCCCUGACAUCCCCGAUGCUCCUGUUGAGCCUGGGUCCUCGGUGAAGCUUCCUCUUUUAGCUGCACCACCGCCAGGUGCCUGUGACCGCCCGGUGGCUGCUUUCCUUUCCGCGCCAUAUAUGGCCUGGCAGGGGGGGUCACAUGCAUCCUGGGCCGCCGGCCGGGAGGGGUCGCUGGGGAAGGGGCAGACGGCGGGAGAAAAGGGGAGGGGGUAGGAGGCAGAGACAGGAGAGGGGUGGGGUGGCAGAUUCUGGGGCCAUGGGAGGCAGCAAAGGCUCGAGGAGCCGAGCGCUCGCCACCGCGCCAUGGAGCUGCACUCAUGCGGCUGCGGAGGUGGUGGUGGAGGAAGGGACCGGCGCGGGGAGGGGGGGGGGUGGCGAAGGCAUCGGAAGCCAGAGAGCGCCCUGUCCCUGCGCUCCGUCGGUCAGCGGGCGCGGGCCGGCAGGAUGGAGCCACAGCACGUGCGCCCCGUGCUUGGAUCCCAGAGCCCAGCCUGGGAGGAACCGGGUCUGCUAGAAAUACUUCAACCCAAAAUUCCAAAAUGACUAAGAAGAGAUCAAAAAUAAAUGAACUAGAAGAACUGAAAUUGGAUAUGAGGAAGAUCAGCAAUGACAUGGAGGAAAUGUGUGGAAUCCUGAACCUUUACAUGUAUGAGGAUUUGAACUACAGGAUGAACACUGAAUUCAACAUCAUUAAAUCACAACAUGAGAAGACAAUGUUGGAUAUGAAUAAAAUGAUCCAGUCCAUAAUUGGUUCCAUGCAGUACUCCAAGGAACUGAUAGAAGAUAACUAUUCCUACAGCAUUAAGGAGGACCACCUCCUCCGUGAGUGCACUCAACUCAACGAAAAAGUAAGGAUAUUACUGAAUGAGAACAGAAGGCUGCUGGUGGAGCAGGCUGGCCAUAAGUGUCCUGUGGGGAAGAAAAGAGGUUCUCUGAGGAAGCCAGCAAGAACAUCUGUGUCCCAAGUGCCAAGGAACAGCAGUCCAGCAGAAAGCAGAACAUGGCACUGACCACGACAUGAUCUCCCUCAAAGAGAAGUGCUGGAGGAAGAGCACUGAGUGUGCACAGGAAAUACACCACUGUUGCCUCUCAUCCCUAAUAACCAUGGCUGUAAUGGGCUGUAUGCUCCUCCUUUAUUUUGUUUCUUUGGUAUGAACAGGCCUUAAUUUCAUCUAGCCUCUGGCCCAGGAAGAGUGCACAUUUAAAGGGACUCAUAAAUGCUGAGACACAUCAAGAGCUGCUGGGCAUCCAGGAAGAAUCUGAGUGCAAAUUUCUCUUUUCCUGAUGGGUCAUCAUGACUAAUUACAUGGAGAUCAGUCAACAAAAUUGUAAAAACUUGGAUACAAGUCUACAACAUGUGUUCUGCUUUGACUUGGGAGGCCAUAUCCUUCAGACCCACACUCCAAAAGGAGAGUGUUGCUUAAAUUUCUCCGGCAAAGUUUGCUACCUCCAGGAACUGCUUUUCUACUAAGUUGCCAAGGACAGCCACAGGCUGUAAGGCUGUGCUACAAAAUGAGCAGACUAAGAAUUUUGCUUUGCACAGUUUUUGUGGUUUGAUUUUGGUUUGAGUUUUGAUUAGUUUAGGUAUUUGGUUUUUCUUGUUUUCAUUCAAAGUUUUGUUAUUUAUUGGUUAUUUAUUGUUCUUUUAAGUAAUUUGAUAUUUUGAUAAGGUUAUACACAGUACAUAUUGACUGUCAGCUUUCAGUUACAAUUGAGUACAUUGCAUUUAUUCUUAUGACUAACACAGUGAUCUCCAACUCUUCACUCUAAGAGCCUUGUUAUUUCAGGUGUGAUCAUGAAAUCCCACAGAUAUCAGACCCAGAUGGAUCUCUGCACUCUUCAUGGGACUUGGGCUCCAUAGUUUCUUCUGAGCCAGACUGAACUACAAAGUCCUUCAUACAUUCAGUAUGGAGAGUAUGUCCAACUCUCUGGAUAGGAACUUAAUGAUGGAAAACUUACCCAUGCUGCAUCGUUGCUGUCAAAUAUUUAGCUACUGUAUUUAGAAAAUACUGUGGAUGAUGGUGUUGAACGCAUUAAUGGCAAAUACAUCAGUUUUUCUGUAAUAGCUCUCAUUAAAUCAAAGCAUAGUCUAAGGGAA